CCUCAGAGCGAAUGUGCCGCAGUUUUAUUUAUUUCCAUUUCCCCCCCGAGGGGAGUUGCGGGCGGUGCUGAACCGGUUUCCCCACCGACAGUGGAGCGGCCGUAGCCGUAUUUUACAGGUAGCAAAUGAAGGGAAACGGGGACAGGCUGCACUAAAUCUCUGCACAAAGGCUCAUCGGCUGGGAAAAUUGAUCAGCAUGCUUCAAGUGAACAAAGUCGGUGCCCUGCUUCAAGAGAAGGUGAUCAGUCCACAGGAAGUGGUCCCAAUGAACAAGUUCAGACGGGAAGCUGAUCAGUCUGCAGAAACCUGUCUUGCUGAAGAACCUUCUUCUAGAGAUUUAUUCAUGAUCCCUGAAAGAGAUAAAGAUCUGCAAGGCACUGAUGGUUCUGGAUGUCUCGGAGGUGUUGAUGUUCGUAGGCGAAUUCCCAUCAAAUUAAUUUCCAAACAGUCUAACCGAAAUCGAGUCUCAACUCGAAGUCAGAGAAAUAUGAGCAGAAACUCUUCAAAGUCAAUCCCCACGGAUGAAGAAGGGUUUGACUAUAAUGACGAUGAGAUCUAUGAAUGUAAAAGUGGAGAAGUGUUUGGGAACCAGCGCCGACUCUCCCUGCAGUUUUUCUGGGAUUUUAAGAUAAAUUUGUUGGGUGAGAAAGAUGACACUCCUGUUCAUUUCUGUGAUAAAUGUGGAUUGCCAAUCAAGAUCUAUGGACGAAUGAUUCCAUGUAAACAUGUUUUUUGUUUCAACUGUGCAAGUUUGCAGGAGAGAAAGGGCGACAGGAUCUGUCCUGGGUGUAACGACCCAGUCCAGCGCAUCGAGCAGUGUUUGCGGGGCUCACUGUUCAUGUGUAGUAUUGUCCAAGGCUGCAAACGGACCUAUCUGUCUCAAAGAGACUUGCAAGCUCACAUUAACCACAGACACAUGAGAACUGGCAAAGCGGUCAUCAGGCCACAGCCGGAACAGCUCCACACUGCCAUGGCCCCUCCGGCAGAGAUCGCCGAGCGCUUCCUGAUGCCACAGGACAAGCAUCACAUGCCUCACCUUCCACCCAAGCAGCACGCCAUCAUGAUGCCCCCACCUCCUCUGCAGCACGUCUCACAUGACCAUUACAGCCAGACGCACGAGGACAUCCGUCCACCACCCUCCGAGAUGGCUCUCGCUCCGCCGCCCAGGUCCGUCAAUCAGGAAACCUUCCGAAUCUCGACAGUCACCACCAGGAAGCACAGCAACCUGAUCACGGUUCCCAUUCAAGAUGAUUCCUCCAGCUCUGGCAACCGGGACCCCCCACCGGCCACUCCUCACCACCACCCCGAAUACCAGAGCAGUCCGGUAGUCCCUCACCCGCACCACCUGCUGCCUCCGCAGCAGCACUAUGCCCCACCUCCUCCCCCUCCUCCACCAAUCAGCCACCCCAUGCAGCACCCAGCGCAGGCAGCCGGCAACCACAUGGUGUACAACCAAGCUCCACCCCCACCUCUGUCCGCAGCUCCCCCCCCCAAUCAACCUCCGCCAGGCCACAUCUUGGCUCAGAUGCCGCCAUAUAUGAACCAUCCUCCCCACGGACCACCCCCUCCCCAGCACACGGGGCCCCCCGUGAAUACUCCUCCUCCCCACCAUUACUCUGCCUCCUCGAUGCCUCAGUACACGGAGGACCAGGGAACUCUCAGCCCUCCGUUUUCCCAGCCCGGAGGGCACAGCCCAGGCAUCGGCGUCUGGCCUGCUCCCAGGGGCCCCCCUCCACCUCGGAUUCAAGUCCCACCCCCACAGGCCCCGCUGCCCGCGCCACACCACCCUGACCAGGCACGGUACAGACCGUACUAUCAGUAAGUUGUGGACAGAAACUAUUCAUUGUCCUACAUUGGUUUUCAGAUCCAAAUCUCUCUGUAUUGUUCUGGGAGCCUGCAGAAAGGGAUUUGCAGUGUAAAAGGGUUAAGUGGAGUGGCUCUGCAGCUCACAGUUUGUGUGUCGGUCGGUGGGGUUUCAUGCCUCACUGCCCGUGCAGCUUAUUUUUUUGGACUGUAUGCCAACUAUAUUUUUUAACAGUGCAUAAAGUUGAUCUGUCACAAUUGGUGCUUGUGUGAGGAAACUAUCAGUGAACGUUAGAAGUAAAUACUCUAAGUAUCCUCAAGGGACUGGCGACUAGCACGUUCCAGGUCGAGGAGCAAGUAGUUAGGAUUAUACUUUUAUGCCAUUUUGUGAGCCUGUAGUUGGUAUAUGUCAUCUAAGUAAAUACCUUAACAUCCAUUCUCUGACUGCUUAACACUGUAAAAUAUUCUGUAAAUAAAUAUUCCAUUUGUAAGCAAUUUAAUGUUACGGUAAGACGAACCUAUACAUAAAGCCUUAAGUUGACAACAUGUAGUGAUGCCUGAGAGAUCAAUUCCAGAUAGUAGGAUGGAGAUAUUUUUGUCAAUUUCUGUUUGAAUUGUAGAAUUCCUGUGCAUUUGAAUAUUAAAUCAAUCCAAAAUAAGUGAUUGCCAGCAACUUCCAAUGAUUUUGCAUUCUCUGUAUUGCGUUGUCAUUUUCUCUGCCUCAGAUCUUCUCACCCCAACUGAAUAUUGUUUUAUUAUUGAAAACAUCUUUUAAUGUCCAAGAACAGGAAAGAAUUAAAAUUCCAGGCAAGUUUAAUUGAAAUUCUUUUGUAU